AUUGACAGACUGACAGCAAGAGUCAGACUUGAUUCAAAGCCAAGGACUGAAUAAUUGAUAUUUAAUAUUGAAAUUUCUAUUCCUGAUUUUUGAUUGCAACAACUCUUCACUACGGGUGUUUGGAACUUUUCUGCUGCAGAUUCAAAGUUUGCCGUCAUCUGAGUUGCAAGUAAAUUUUGUGACUUUUUGUGACAGUGUGAUACUGAAGAUUUGGAAGACACAGAUCUAGUCAAAGAAAAAUCAAAUUAUCUAAAUAUCAAGGGGAAAUUCUCUGGCUGAAGCAGAGGAAUAAAAGAUGGAAGAACUGAAACAGCGAGGGGAGAAAAGAGAUGAAAGACACAGGGAUACAUGGGAUCCAUUCCAGCUGAACCCAGUGGGUGCCAAGAAGGAAAAGGGUAGAGGAUGUUUUCAAGUGGCCCAGUAUCUGGUGGCUUUUAUUGUGGGGUUGGCGGUCUUGACAAGUGCGGUCAUCGCUAAGGGAUCUCUCUUGGUCAUGUCAACACUGUGCAGUAAAACAUCACUGCGCAGCCCAAAAGAAAAGCAGUUCUACACACUGAUGUUGGUUUUCUCCUUGGUUUUCCCAAACUUCCUGGUGUUCAUAAAAUCACUGUGGAGAUGUACCUUCAAGAGCUUUGUAAAUCCCAACAAAAAGACCAUGUUGUGUAUCUGUGCUAUUGAGUGCCUGGUAUCUCUUGGUACUUCAGUCCUGGUGCUAGUUGUUAUGCCUCAGUUUGACGUGUUGACUAAUCUUUUCAUCAGUGGAGGAGUCUGCAUAUGCUCUGCCUUCAUGCAGAUUGUCUUCAGACUACAGAGAGAAAAGUGGAAAAUUAUAUUCCCAAUAUGCUCCCUCUUUUUUACACUUGCAGGUUACGGUCUCCUGAUCUUCGACUACCACGUUCGUGUAUCAUUAUAUGUGGACAGACAGAGCUCCGACUGCUUUGUCUAUAUUGGGAUUGGAAUUGCCUCUUCACUGCUCAUCUCCCUGUGCUGGUGGGAAAAUCCUCUGCAAGCUACCAACCGCUUGCAGGAUAAACUGUCAGAACUGGACGGUUUCAGGGACUUUGUGUUUGUCAUCAGCAGCAUUCUGAGAAUAAUUGUGAUUGGAGGGGUGUACCUGGUAUAUCACUGGCUGAUUCAGAGGUCCAUUGAGUGGUCAGACUUUAAUUUGAAUGAAGAUGACUGGAGAUUACUGCGAAUAGGACUGGGGCUGUUUACCUUACAGGCCUUCUGUUCAGCAGCCUGCCACUGGUUAGGGGUGGUGGCCUGUAAGAUUCAUGCAGUCAAGAUGAGUUUUGCAAUGCCAGUGUGCUGCACAGGUCCUGCAGUGCUGCUGGUGGGAAUGAUACUUUUCAUAACACAAGUAGAAGAAUUGGAAGGCGCAAAUCAUGGGAGCCUCAUGGAGUUUUGUGAAAGCUUGGUCUUCAUACGUAAUGAGGACACAACACCAGUGGUCAUACUGGAGAUUUCCAGAAGCAUCUGUCGUACUUCACUUAACAGCUACUACUUGCAGUGGCCUUUUUCAGUACUGGCAUUAGAGGGAGUGUGUAUGUGGUUAGGUUUCAUUUCCUGUACCUACUACGUAUGGAAGAUCAAGGUGCAGCGCAUAGAGCGAACCUCUCAGCUCUUUGUUCGCCGACUCUAUGAAUCUGCAUUCAUCGACCUAUCACUGCUGCUCAACACCAAGAUGAAGGUGUCACGUGCCCAGACCAACGAGAGCAAUGAUGAGAUGCAGAACUCUGUCAUCUAUCUGUGUGCCACCAUGUGGCACGAGACAUAUGAUGAAAUGUUGGCGAUUCUCACCUCCAUGUUCAGGUUGGACCGCUAUCGUGGCGAUCCAAAGGAGAAACAUAAUGACUGUUUUGAUUUUGAGUGUCACAUUUAUGUAGACGAUGCCUUCAUGACUGAAAAGGGGACAGAGAAAAGGCUGGUUAAUUCUUAUGUUGAGGACUUAAUACACGUGGUCGUAGAGGUUUAUAGGGUGUUUACCAACAAGGAGCCAGAUGAUGUGUCAAUCAUCGAGACUCCCUAUGGUGGCAGGCUGAUUGUUGUCAUGCCUGACGGCAACAUGCUUUUUAUUCACCUGAAGGACAAGUGUCUCAUCAGGAACAAGAAAAGGUGGUCACAGAUAAUGUAUCUGUAUUAUCUACUUGGCUGGAAAGGCUACAUUGUCAAGAACCCUUCGAGGAUCCCGAACCACAAUAACCCAUGUAAAUCCCAUUUGAUCUCUGCUGACGGCGAGAGCUUCCUGAUGCACCAGUAUAACCAUGACAACAAAAGAAGAUUCAUCUCAGAUGACAACACAUAUCUCCUGGCUCUGGAUGGAGACACCGACUUCCAGCCCAAAGCUGUGAUUCUGCUAGUAGACAGGUUGAGGAUGUAUGAGAAUGUAGGAGCAGCAUGUGGUAGAAUCCAUCCAACUGGAAUGGGCCCCAUGGUGUGGUACCAGAAGUUUGAGUAUGCAGUAGGCCACUGGCUCCAGAAGACUUCCGAGCAUGUGUUUGGCUGCGUGCUGUGCAGUCCAGGUUGCUUUAGUCUGUUCAGAGGGUCGGCCUUAAUGGAUGACAAUGUUUUAAAGAGAUACACAACAACUGCGACAAGAGCUGCACAAUAUGUGCAGUAUGACCAAGGGGAGGAUCGUUGGCUGUGUACCCUGUUACUGCAGCAAGGUUGGCGUGUCGAAUACAAUGCCGCGUCAGAUGCAUACACCAACUCGCCGCAGGAGUUCAAAGAGUUUUACAACCAGCGGAGACGAUGGGGACCCUCAACACUGGCCAACACACUGGACCUCCUGCACAGUGGUCAAGAGACAGUGAAGAAAAACACAUCCAUCUCCAGGUUUUACAUCUUCUACCAGAUGUUUGCAGUUGGUUCCUCAAUCCUUGGUCCAGCAUCUGUGACUCUCAUGAUAGCAAGUGCCUUCCAGUUUGUCCUCAAAUUGGAAGGGACAAUUUCCAUCGCCAUCGCAAGCAUUCCUCCUGUGUUGUACAUCAUCGUCUGUUUCGUAGCCAAUUCCAACAAUCAAAUAACCAUCGCUGCAUUGAUGAGUGUUCUGUAUGCAUUCCUCAUGACUGCAUCCUUGUUCUCCAUUAUCGGGGACAUGGUGGUUGAGGGCACCUUCCUGACCCCGACUGGUGUGUUUUUGGUCUCUAUGGCAAUCAUGUACGUGGUGACAGCUAUACUACACCCAAAGGAGUUUGGCGUGAUCGUUUACGGUUUGAUGUAUUUCAUCUGCAUCCCCAGUGGAUAUCUCCUACUGACCAUCUAUUCUUUGGUUAACAUGCACGUCGUCACCUGGGGCACAAGGGAAUCCAACAAGGGAGGUGGAGAACAAAAAAAGAACCAAAAUGUCAUGUGUGACAGAAACUGUAAACUCUGCUGCUGGGACAUGAAGAUACAGAUAACUCAGGAAACAGAGCAUCCGAUGCUUCAACAGAUCAUGGGCCAGAGAGAGCUGACAAUGACUGCCUUAACCAAGCACAAAGAUACUCAAGAGAUUCAGGGUCUUCACACAAAGGAGGAAACUGUAGAAGAAUCUAAGCAACUUGUGACUGACAAACUGAAGAACAAGACAGCAAAAGACAAGGACACAGAUUCCAUUGACAGCAGUGGCAACAGCAUCAACAAAAGGAGCCUGUCAAUGAGUGAAUCUGAUGAGGAGGAUGAGGAUGAGGAUGAGUCAAGUGACACAGUGGGACGUCCAGUCAGUGACUGGGUUAUCCCUGUGAAGGAUCUGUUUUUGAAGAAGCUGAGCUUCGGGAACAUAAAAAGAAAUCUAGAAGAACAUAUACGAUGUGCACUCCCCAACGACAGAUACGAUGAAGUUCGUGAGGAGUUGGUCACAUGUUUAGCGGAGACUCUAAAUACACUGGUCAAUGGAGUGGGGCCUGAAGAUAUUCUGACAAAGAACCAGCUGGCGGAGUUAGAAUAUGCACUAACAGAGCGGGCUCGACGUAUCCUCAAGAACAACAAAAUGAAGCAGCUAGAGAGCAAAAUAAUGAGAGAAAUUGGGAAAACACUCAUCGCCCCUCAGGUGGAAAAACUAGAUGAGGGUGAGGAAGACUUUUGGAACAAAUUAAUCAAGCGCUACUUGAAGCCUAUUGAGAACAACAAAGCACAUGAAGAGGAGGUCACCAGAGAGCUGAAGUCACUGCGCAACAAGGCUGUCUUCCUAUAUUUCAUUAUCAACGUACUGUGGGUGGUAGCCACCUUCUUCCUGCAGGCCAUUGGAAGUGAUGUCAUCAGCAUCAAGAUCCCAAAACUCUACCCAAAUGGAACUGGUUCUGGGGAGUUCCUCAAGGUAGAGCCUCUCAGUUUGAUGUUCCUGUUGUCUUUUGCUGUUCUGCUUAUUCUCCAGUUCCUGGCUAUGUUGUAUCACAGGAUCUACACUCUGAUCCAUGUCGUGUCCUAUCGCAGCAAAGAGAAAGACUACAAACCUGAAGAUGAAGAGGAGGAGGAUGAAGGCCUUAUUAUGGAGAACAUUGUCAUAACUGGUGAUGACUUUUUCCAGUGAUGACCAACUCAGGAUUAACACUGACAUCAGCUGGAGAAGCUAAAUGGUUUAGGGAAUCACUCAUUUAAUGAUGUAGACGUAUAAGUGUUUUAUUUUUUAAUAAUUUUGCUUUUAAAGAUUGUAUUUUUUUCUAUUUGGAGUAUGGCUGAAUAUAUCAGGUCUACAGGCCAAUUAAAUACAGCCUGUACAUCCCAUGAGGUGGAAAACAAAUUAUUCAUGUUUAUUUAAAAAUCCUUUUUUGGUUUGUCUUUUUUUCUUGCAUGUACAUGAAAUCAGACUUUAGAAAAGAUGCAUGUACAGUACUUGAAUGUUUCCUCCAGGAAAUGCUGUAUUUGAACUUGAGUAUCUCGCUGUCAAAUUUCCUGUUUUAUACUGUAAGUUAAAGUGUUAUGCCUAUUUUAAUGUUAUGUUUAGGAUGUUCAGUGUAAUUACAGGUCAAAACUGUAAAAAUACACUUUACAAAGAAGAGAAUUUUCUCGUUUGACUGUGCAAAGCUGGGAUUACUGAAAUUAUUCCAACAGAAGUGUGGAUAAUCUUUGUUUAAAUAAAAUAGUGGUAUAACUGACA